AUGAAGACCUUGAUCCUGGCCCUCGCCUCCCUUCUGGCCCUCGCCUCGGCCACGCCUACACCAAAUCAACCGUCGCCUCCAGCCACAUGCCCCAACUGCAACCCAAAUCCCGGCUCGAAUUUCUGCGACAUCACCACGUCGUGCACCGUCGUGUCGGCUCAUCCAGACAUCAAGCACGCGCCUUAUUAUUGUGCCUGCCGCGCGGGUUACCGUGCCAACGGCUGCGACGCCGGCGACUCGACAAUCCAAUGGCGGCUGCCGUGGCCCGCGUCCGACCGGGGCCCCAGCCAGGAGGGCCGUGUCUUCGUCAAGCCAGGUGUUGUAUGCGACACGCUCUGCAAUGACCCGUAUGCGGGCGUCAAUGCGUGUUCUGAGGUCACUCAGAUGGAUAAGUGUCUCUAG